AUGCUUUUAGUACUUGCUAGUUGCUACUCCUACCGUAGUACGUGAAACGACAACUUAUUAGUAUUCACUAGUAUUAUAUAUUUAUAUAGUUUCUCGUCGGAUGUGUAAUUAAGCACUGUGGUCUGUGAUUUAAAAUAACCAAAUGAUCAAAGACUAAAGUAUUUAAGUAUUAACGAAGUAAUUUCAUUAUGCGUUUAACCAAUGUUACGUAUUUUCGCGAUAUGCGAAGAUACACGAAAAAUCCACUCGAAGUUAAAUUCGAGGAACUAUUGCCGCUUAAAUUGAAAGAAAAAGUAUCUGGUAAAGGAGAUAGGUCCAAAGAACGUGCAUGUGUUCAUGAGAUAUCUAUCAUGUUUGCCUGCUUCAAAAAAAAUGAAUUUGAUCAAGCCCGAUGUUCAGAUGAAAUUACCAAGUUUCAAGCAUGUGCAACUAAAAAUUAUGCUGACAAGUUUAAAAGAAAACAAGACAGGCGAGAAGGAAAUAUUUCUACCGGAAAAGACAAUCUUACACCUAGAGAAAUCAAUUAUCUUCUGAAAAAGUAUCCAAAUCCGUAAAAUUGAGUUUCUAGAAUUUUUAUCAUGGUACAAGUAGUUAUUUAAAUUUAUUAAACUGUAAUAUUUAUUUAAAAUGUAAAAUUUGUUUGUUAACACUGUGUUGCAAAAUAAAAUAAAAAAUAAGUAUAACAAUUA